AUGUCUUCUCCAAAAACCCGUGCUCAGAGCUCUUCUUCUCCUAUUCCUCCUGCCUACAUCACUAGGACAGGCGUGGAUAAUCAAGCUAUUAAGGUUCGAAGCAAACUCCAUCCCUUUGCCCAAAAGAAUCUGGAUGAAAAUGUCCUCCAUCUGUUCGAAAACACCUUAGUUCUGGGCCCUCACUAG